AUGUCCUCUACAACUUCCACCGCCUCUUUGCCCAGUGGCCUGGCUGUCCUUAGAACUUUCCCAGAUGUGCUCUUCAUUCCUGAAAUUGUCUUUGGGGGCCUUGUCUGGAUCCUGGUGGCAUCCUCGAAGGUCCUGUUACCCAUCCUGCAAGGCUGGGUGAUGUUUGUCUCUGUGUUCUGCUUCGUCAUGUCCAUCACCCUCCUGUGCCUUUACGUCUGUGGGGCGCAUGGGGGCAGCAGCUCCUGGGUCACCUUGGAUGUCAUGUGCCAGGAGACAGCAGCUGUGUUCUACCUCAGUGCUGCUGUGCUGGAAGCCUACUUCACCUUGUGGUCUGCCGACCAUAUGAUAAUGUCCGUCUAUCAGGAGAACAUUGCUGCUGUGGUAUUUGCAUUCUUAGCUACCCUGGUGUACGUGAUCCAUAAGGUGUACUCGCUCCUGCGAUGGAAAUCAUCCUAA